AUGAAUCCAUACACGAUCGAACCAUUAAAAGCAGAUGCUAAUGCGAUAUCGACAACAGCAUCUGCACCAGUGUAUUCAUCGACGGCGGUUCAAUAUCCUAGAUUAGAAACUGCACCACCAACAACAACACCGGUAUCUGUAGGAAUAACGGCGCAAAUGCCACCUAUGUAUCAACAUCCUCAAUCAGAUCCUACGACAGUCUCAGCACCGAUGACAGCGCCGAUGUAUAUGCCACCUGGCUAUCACUAUCCCAGGCCAGAGCAGACUGCUGUACCUGCACCGGCGCCUAUGGUAGCUUCCGUGUAUAUGCCACCUGCACAGCACUAUCAACAACCUCGAAGUCCGCCUGUUGCUAAUACUCAAGUAGAUGCGAGCAAAAUUCGUGAUUGGUUACCAUGGUCGAUUAUUAGUAUAUUUCUUGGUGGAUUCAUUCCAGGCAUUCUUCCUUUUAUCUUCUCUCUGUUGUGUCGUAGUAAGAAGAGAAAAAAUGAUUUUCAAGGUGCUAAAACAAUGAGCACGUUGGCGUUGGUAUUUAACAUCAUCAUGACAAUAUUGGGAAUAUUAAGUAUAAUUUUUAUUGUGAUUUACCUGAUUGUUUUCAGUCGAAUGAAGAGGAAUGAAUAUAUAUUCUUAUCCAAAUAA